ACUCCUCGACCUCUCGCCAACGAUUUCCGCCGAUCUCCUCCUCGACCUCUCGCCGACGAGUUCAGCCGAUCUCCUCCUCAACUCGUCGAUUCCGCUCCACAUCCCUUCGCCUCUCCACCUCCCCAUUUUCUUCAUUGUCUCGGCGCUUACCUUCCUUCGUCGAUCUUCUCCUUCCGCCUCUAAAUUUUUCGCUGUUCAGAGAAAAGAGUGGUCUAAUUGGUCUCUUUAAUGGACUCUGUUGGGAGUGGAUGGCGGUCCGAAGAGGAAACUCAUGUGGUUCUCUCUCCACAAUCAUUGUCUCUUUUUGGUGAAGGAAUAUCACUGGUGUUCUCUCGCUGGACAGCGCUCCAGAUGGCAGUGGAAAACGCAUGGGGUGGGCGAGAUUCACGACACAAGUCUGAAGAGCUCACCUCCACUAUCCUCACCUGGUUCUCCCAGUCUAAAGGUUCACUCUAUAUUGAUGAUUUGGAAAAUAUGCUCGAAGAGAAUAUGUUGAGUUUAUUCAAUACAGAGAUUGAUGAUGGUAGCAUCGAAGAGGUUGCUGAAGAAUUGAUGAUCAUGCAUGAAGACUUUCUCAAGGGAAAUUUUGAAUCAAUUGAAAAGCUGAGGAGGUCAGGACCGGUAAUUAGCUCAGUAGCUCAGAGCAAACAGAUAGGUAACCAUGAUAGCGAAGAUGAGAGCUCAGACGAUGAGGUCUCAGAAAUGAUUGUCGAUGAACCCAAAGUGAGUGAAAUGGUCGCGGAAUCACCAAAACCCGAACAAGUUCCCGACGAGGAUGGAUGGUCCACAGUUACUUCCAAACGAAAUAAGGGUAAGAAAUGUCGAUAAGAGCCAGCCAACAAUGAAUGUAUUUAUCAAACAGAGGCCAGGCAUCAGAUGCUGUCGGCAGGACCCCAAUUUUUGUUGCACGUUUUGCUGUUCUUAUUCUCAGAAGAGAGAACCUUAGCAAUUAGCCAGAAUGCCAUUAAGUGCUUGUGUAUUUAAUUGGACUAGUUGUAAUUGUUUGGUUUAAUCACAUUUGCUUACGGGAAUUCGAAUGAUCAA